GUGACGCGUCAGUGACCGAGUCGGUCGCAGUCGCAGUCGGACUGGCUGUCGGGGGCGGUAGUGACCGUGGUCGCGGACUAGUGCUCGUACCAACCGGGAGACGUAACCAUAGUAACCGACAGUGCUCGUCCCCAUAGCGACCGACUGGGAGCAACGAGCGGGGGUUACAUCGGAGCAGUGAGUAACCGUGGUCAGGCAGAGGCUGUAAGUGAUGGCCGGGCCCCGAGAGGGCGAGAGGCGGCCCUCCAGGGCCUUUGUGAAUAUCAGCUCACGUUGAUUCUGGCACAAUGAAGCUACGGGUGCGGAUUCUGAAGCAAAGAGGCUGGGUGGAGCUGGAAGGGAAUAAUCCUACUGUUGCAGAACUACAUCAUAAGAUCGCUGAUUCCUUCCUGCCAACCUUUGGAUACAGUUCUACCACACAGUUCAGCAUUUCUUUAAAUGGUAAGGAUUCUCUGACGGAUGACGAACAGACCCUGGCAAGCAUUGGAAUUGUCGGUGGGGAUUUGAUCUCUUUAAUACUGCCCGAAUCCUCUGCUCCUUCAGUCUCAGUAUCGAGCCAGAAUACUGCUAAUCAGCAGCCUUCAUCCUCCAGUACUGCUCCCAAAGUGGCCUGUGUGAACGAUCAGCAAACCCAGUCAGUCUCUCCAAGUAUGUCUUCGAACAUGGUAACUGUUGAUUCUGAAAUAGGAAGUGAGGAGAACAUGACUGCCUGCCCGUAUGAGCCAAUGCUGUGCAGUGAAGCUCUUGACGGGAAGGUACCACACUCUCUUGAAAUUCUGCACCAUUCUGCUGAAUGCACAAGCCCUUCGGACGCCCUGAUUGUAGUGCUCCAUCUCCUCAUGCUUGAGGCGGGAUAUAUACCACAGGGUACAGGAGUGAAGGUUGGCAGCAUGCCCGAGAAAUGGAGGAACGGAGGCAUAUACAGACUUCACUACAGUCACCCGCUCUGCGAAGAUGGUUUAGCUGUGCUCACCUGUGUCCCAAUGGCAAAUCUGAUUGUUGUCAACGCCUUGCUGAAAAUCAGUGAUAUUGUUAAAAGUGUAAAGAAAGUGCAGCUAUCACCAGGGUCCUAUGUUGAUUCAAAUAGACCAGAUGAGAAUGCUGCGGAAGUGUACAAAGAUCUGCGAAAACUGUCCUGCAUGUUCAAAGAUCAGCUGGUGUAUCCUCUGCUGGCAAAUGCAAGGCAAGCUUUAAAUCUGCCUGAUGUGUUUGGUCUGGUGGUCCAACCUCUGGAAAUCAAGCUGAGAAUUUUUCGACUCCUGGAUGUGUCCUCUAUUUUAUCUCUCUCGUCGGUGUGCCGUGAUCUCAAUACUGCCAUCAACGACCAGUUGCUUUGGAGAUUUCUGUUCCUGAGGGAUUUCCGAGAUACAAGAACCAUCAGCCAAGACUGGAAACGACUGUACAAGGAAAAGUACCUGACAAAGAAAAGGUCAUUCCACAGGAGCCCUCUGUAUUUACCACGUCCUCUGCCGAUCCCUCCCAGUCAACCCUGCCCUUUCACUCCCUUCCCAUUUGAACCGCAUCCGAUAUUUCCACCCGGGAUCAUUGGAGGAGAAUACGAUGAACGCCCGCAGCUGCCAUACAGAGGAGAUCCCGUUAACCCAUUCUUGCCUGGAAUGGGCCCAGUGCCGGCAUUGCCGCCGUUCAGGCCGCUGUUUGAUCCAACUGGUUCUAUUCCAGGGAUGCCCCCUGCUACUGGACCACGGUUUCCAGGGACCCCCAGGAGAGGCGGAUCAUCGGAUAUCAGACAUGGCAUCAUCUAAGAACUCUGCACAGAAAACACAGGCUUAUUGGAGCAUUCUUAGUUUCUACAUCUCUUUAUUGGGCAUUGUCAAUCUGAUUUUUUUUUAAAAUGUUGAAUUACUCACUACCAAGCGUGAAGUUCUAUCUCCACCUGGCAAUCCAAGUGUGACAGGCACAACAAAGACUGAAUAGCAAAUACGUAUCCUGAACUUAAGACUUUUCCUUUAACUGACCCAAGAUAAUGGAAAGUUAGUAUGUUUUGUUGCUGUGGGAGGCCAGCAAUGGAGCACAACAGCAAAUUUUUAAUUGGAUUUGUUGGCUAUAGUUUUUGAUAGAAAAUUUAAAUUGUAUUCGUGCUGCUUUAUUUUGACGGACAAUUGUAAUUUAGGAGAAUUGCAUAAAAUGGGUUGCACAAAGUGAUUGCAAACAAUUGUAAUGAAAUUGUAAUUUCAAUAUUAUCUUCUGAGCGUUUUGAAUGCUGCACGUGAGAGGAAGAUGGCUUGCUAAAACUGAAUGCACCAUUAACCUUACAAUAAAAAGCACUGAAAUAAAUCCAUUUCCAAAGAAA